GGCGAACACGGACCCGGUCUCUUAAAGGGCCAGUGCUCUGUCAGCAGCUGGCUCGUGGAGGAUCUGAUCUGCUGGGAAUCGAAACUUAAAGUCUUCUCCUUGCUUCCUGUCUCCGUGACAGCUCGACCUGUCCUCAGUCUGUCAGUUGUCCUCUCUUCUUCUCCUCGGACUCUGGAGAACUGGACUUUGAUUUGAACUUUGACCCUGUUCGAUGAACUUCCUGGCUCCAGCAGCCUGUGGUCUUCCUCUCCUCCUCCUCUCAGAGACCCAGCAUGGACCCAGCCCGGCAGAGACGGAAGGAGGACAUAGACAGAGAUCUGGCUUUUAUACAGUCCCCCCUGGCUUACCCGGAGCCGCAGGGAUACCAGGACUUCCUGACCCAGCUGGUCUGUAACCUGCUGGAGGAGGGGAACUCGUUGUUCAGGGACCAGGACUGGGAGCAGGCGGUGAAGACGUUCACUGAAGGUCUGAAUGUCUCGGACUACGCCGUGGCCGAGGAUCUCCUGAUCCCUGAAGUCCUUCUGGAGAGUCUGUUUGUGAACCGAGCGUCCGCUUUCCAGAGCAUGGGGGAGUAUGAGCGCGGCGUGGAGGACUGCGACAGAGCUCUGCAGGUCUGUAAGGAGAGCCACAGAGCUCUGUACAGGAAGGCUCUGUGUCUGAAGGAGCUCGGGAGACUCAGGGAGGCCUACAACUGCACCACCAACCCACUGCUCAUCAGCCGCCCGGACAUGAAGGUGAGCUCGUUGGCUCAGGAGCUCGCUGUCAGUCUGGGACUGAAGAUCAGGAAACCCUACGUGAGUGCGAAGGAGGAGCCGCUGAUCACCAGACCGGUUCUGAACGGGAACGUUAGUGCUGAGGCCGUGAAGGCGUCUACAGCUCUCGUGGGGAACGGGCUGAACCCUCUGGCCGGCCUCGCUCCAGUCCGGUUUCCCAUCAUGCCUCAGUCCUCCUUUCUACCCAAGACCCGGAGCGGCCCUGAGUCCGCUGCCUCUGUGGUUCUUGACGUGGGGGACUCUUUGGAGGACUCUGAGCUGAUCGGGGACGACUUGGACAGCCUGCUGGAUGGGGUCCCUCCUGAGCCUUCAGAGAUUCCCGCCCCCGCAGCGUUCUCCUGCAGGACCUCCAGCAGGUCUCACAGCGUCCCCUCCGUCCUCCCUGCCCCGACCCCUCAGCUCCCCCCAGCCUUCUUCAACUCGCCCGUCAGCCAGCUCAGCUCCUUGGACUCCUUCUCGGGCGGGGGCUGCAGCAUCAGCACCUCCACCCUGGAUGCUCUGGACGACCUCUCGGCCUUUGGAGGGGCAGUCGGUCCAGCAGUCCUAAACAUGGCGCCCCUCUCUGGAGCGCUGGAUCCUCUGGACGGCCUGGAUUCUCUGGAUGACCUCUUAGAUGGAUCUCAGAGUUCUGCAGCAGAGGAUGAGUCCACAGGAGAUCACAGCCGGGAUGACCUCGACGAGCUGGACCACCCUAAGACCGUCUCUGGUCCCGGUCCUGGUCCAAGCGUUCUGAAGGUUAUGGAGAUGAAAGAGCGUCUGGAUGCUCUGGACCGGUUUCCCUCAGUGUCGACUCUGCCUGCGGUCUCUCUCGGGGGAGCCGGUCUGGACUCGCUCUCUGAGUUCAGCUCAGCUGGAUCUCGCUCUGCUGCAGCUUCAGGGAUGAAUUCUCCAAACCACGACUACAAAGAGAAGAGAGCCAGAGCACAGGAGUCCAUCUGUAACCCUCUCUCCUCCACCCAUCAGUUCCUGCAGGCCUGCUCCACCUGUUUCCCCCGGACAGGUAAAGGGAUUUAUACGUUUGUUCACAAGCCAGACCUGGAGCACAGCUGUAAGGGGGACCUCCUGCUGUGUCGAAGGAGGGCCGACCCUCCUCAGGAGUGGACCCGAGUGAGGACGCUUCCCAACUUCACGUCCUUCCAUGGGCCGUUUGUGCUCUGUCGGGAGCUGCUGCAGUCAGGAGACCAGGGUCUGUGUAAGUACGGGGAGAACUGUAACUUCGCCUUCAACCAGCUGGAGAUCGACGUGUGGUCGGUGGAGAGGAAGGGGGCGCUGGUCCGGACUCUUCUGUUUGAGUCCACAGCAAAUAAACUGGACCCAGUGAGCAGCGUGAUCCACCUGUCCCAGGAGCACAAGGGGGUCUUCAUGUUCCUCUGUCAGGAAUGCUUCAACAACAAACCCCGGAUCAUCAGCACACGCAGCAAAGCCAACCACACCGUCUGCUCCAACGCGGACGUCCACCACAGCUUCGAUGCCAACAAGUGUUUGGCGUUCGUCAUGAGGACUCACAACGUGGCCUACAGGAAGGUGCGCCCCCUGAGCCUCCUGUGUCGCCUGGAUCUGUGCCGACUGGCCAUCAGGAACCUCUGCCAGAGAGACGACGACUGUCCCUACGCCCACUCCGUCAUCGAGCUGAAGACCUGGAGGGUACAGAGAGACACGGGAAUCAGCCCAGAGGAGAUUGUGAAAGUCUCGUCACAGUUUCAUGAGAAGCAGGAACAAAACUCCAGACUGAGAGGGAAGAGAGUGUCUUCAGGAAACGAUGGGAACAGAGCGAGAGGAGGAGGAGGAGGAGCCCGCAGGAGUCUGAACAUGAGGAUGAAGUUCGUCUGUGUUCAGUGCUGGCAGGGCUUCAACAUCAGCGAGCCAGAUAAAGCUCUGAAGCACUGCACGGCCAAGGCCAGACACCCGUGGAUCAGAGAGCGGUCUGUUCUACUGGUGAAGUCUGCAGAGAGGAGUAAAUGGGUCCAGGUCCGCCCGCUGCCUCACGAGAAGAACUUCCCUCAGUUCUAUGACAUUUGCACUCAGAUCGAGAGGAAAGGGAAGUGUAACUACACGGGGAAGUGCACCUUCGCUCACAGCCCGGAGGAGAGGGAGAUGUGGAUGUACAUGAAGAGUAACGAGAUGCCGCUCAUGCAGCAGAUCUACGACCUGUGGCUCUCUCUGACCGCCCAGAACCUGCAGGCGGACGGCGCCGUGCUGACCCAGUCCGCCCCCGAGGAGAAAAACAUCGUCAUGCCGACGGACUACGCUGAGCCUCUGGACGGCUUCCACUGCCGCCUGUGUGGGAGGCACUGCAACAGCGAGCGCCAGUGGCAGCAGCACGUCUCCACCGAGAAGCACAAAGACCGGGUGUUCAGCUGCGAUGGCGAGGAGGAGGCGCUGACGUGGAGCUACCGCUUCCCCGGCACGCGCUUCCAGCUCUGCCCAAAGCUGGACGCCGGCUGUCCUGACGGCGUGAGCUGUGACUUCGCCCACGGCGCCGAGGAGCUGAAGGAGUGGACCGAGAGGCGGGACUUCCUGCGACAGAAGUUAGCCAAAGCCCGAGAAGACAUGCUCGUCAUGCCGGACGAGUUUGACUUUGGGAAAUUUAACUUUUUACUUCAGGACUGAGAGGACGUCGUCGGACUCUUUGAGCCUUUUUCUAACUGCCAACGUAGCGCUCCAGAGUUCAGGGAUUACACGCCAAAACCCAAAGGGGGCGCUCACGCCACGGUUUCUUCAAAGACGCCAAAAGAUUCAUCUGAACAUUUUAUUCCUCAAACAUGUUCUUCAGAGUCAGGGUUCAUUUCAUUUCUUCAAGCAGGUUUCAGAGAUGUUUGCAUCGCUCCUGUUUUUUUUUUAGCUUUAGGUCUCCUGCUGUGAAGUAGAGCUUGAUUUCCACAGGAAGUGUGUGUGCUGCUUUCCAUCAGCGCCAUGAACUCCAGAGCUGAUCCGUGCACGUUAUAGUCAGUGCUCGUGUUUCCACAGCGAGCGCCACAGCGUCUCAGAGACAUCUCCACGCUCUGUUAAAGACACACGCCAAGUCUGUUUACAACGAGCUCCCUGACCUGGACAGGAAGUCAAACACAGAACAACAUACACCAUCCAUUCAAUCUGAAGUUACACACCAUGUACGGAUCUGUAUCAGAUCGUAUAGAGAUAAAUAUGAUGAUUUCAUAUCGUUAACAUCUUCAGAACAACCGCACCUCUGACAUCACAGGAAGUUCAGCCGUCUGAAGGUGACAAUAACAAGCAUGAAACACUUUUAACAUGAAACACUGAAAGGGUUUGAUCAGGUGAUCAUGUAGCAACAAACUCAGCGAUGAUAGAAGCACAGAAGCCUUUUCACACACACUGAGCGCUCGCCGUCAUACGGGGUAAAACUGGCACUGAUGGAGCGCUCAUGCUUCCUGUGGACCGCACGGAUCGGCUCAUAUUAGUGAAUCACAGCCUGUUCAAACACACUGCUCAUCUUUAAUAUGCAUAGAGGGUUCAUAAGCAGACCUGCAGACCUGCAGACCCUCUGUUUCUUUACUCUUCUUUUAGUUUCUGGUUCUCCUUAGAGAGAGUCCGGUCCACGCAGGAGGAUCCUCCAGAGUCCAGAGUUCACUCCUAGACCAUGUUGAAAGCUUUCUACUACAAUAAAGAUGCUCAUGCUUACUUUGGAUUGUGUUCCAGCA